AUCGAUUGCGAGAUGAGUGUCGAGGGAAAUGAGGGCGCAGCCGCAAGCGUGGUGCUACCCUUACGGAGAAAUUUCCGAGACAUCGCCCGUUUGUGGAUAUUUUCUUUGAGAACUAAGAGCUUUUUAACCCGCGAUGACUCUGAGGAUGAGCCUCCUGCCGGUCGGAGCGGUAGGUCCUUGUUGUCACGGAUCCGCGGCGAUGUCGGAAGUUACGUCGUCGAGGGUCUGAAUGGGCAGAGUUCGCCCGCGAUAAAUGACACCGCGAAAUCAACAGCUGAUUAUUCCGCGAUGGGCAACCAUCAAAGUGACGGGAAAAAACGUCAGAAGAAACAGAAUGUGGGGCCUGAAAAUCAUGUUCCAGUUAGUUUUGAAAAAGUUCAUACUCCGGGGAAGAGGCCUGCUCCUCAACCGCCUAAAAGUCGACAGGCACCGGGUAUCUCAACGAUACGCCCGGAUGACAUAAAAGUGGAUGUGGAAUCUCCAAAACGAGCGGAAGUACCGGUUGAAAAGCCACCAGCCCCACAACCACCGUACCAGCAAGGGCCUAAACUCAAAGAGGAGGAGAUCGGAACGUCCUGUUCUAGUACGCUCCCACCUGUGGACUCACACAUUGAUUCAGUUAACGCACCACCCGCUUCUGGUUCCAUUCCCGCUGCGAACAAUCUCGAUCCUCAGCUUCUCGUAACCGAUUCGUGGCGUCGCGCAAACGCGAGUGUGCUGAAACUAUCGGACAUACCCACGCCGCCAAGCCAAGCUUCUUCCAGCGACAGUGUCUUUACCGAUCCCGAGGAAAACGGGAUGGUGGCUGAUACCAGCGCUGUCUUCGGUCACACGAUUACCGCCAAAAAGUCUCGGCAAUUGCUGACCAAUAAUAGAAAAAAUUUUGGAGCUGCGGGACGGAAGAUCGAGCCUAAGUCUACGCGAAUCGAAUCCAGCAAAAAUGACUCAAAACAUUCAUCGGAAUACGUCCAAGGACUUGAAGAUGAGAUUGCAAGCUUACGCAUCGAGGUCACAAGGCUCAAGAAACUGGUCGAAGACCUGGAGAAACAGAACAGAGAUAAAUCAGAAAAGCCUGCUGUCACAAGAUCAAAAGCCAGCUCGCCUAUGCCAAAAGAUGACAAUAAUUUAGAAUUAAACAGAAGCUGUGUGUCAUCUGAAAGCGGAAGAUUCACUGGCAGCUCAAUAGACUUAUCGCCGAUUCCUCAUCAAUUAUCGGAUAAGUUUCAAGAUGAUUCUUCAGCGCUACUGUCCGGUUUGUCGACUAUUUCUGAAGCCGACAGAAUUACCGAUGAAACUGAGUACAAGGUACCACCUUUCAGAAAGUCCUCUGACACCAAGCCAGAAAAAGAAGUAACCGACCAAAAUCAUGAAGUUGAUGUCACGGAUAACGUCAACAGUCGCCUAAAUAAUUUAGAUGUAGGAUUAGACAGUAUUGAUGAAUCUGAAGAGAUUAAAGUUACCAAGGCUAGAAAGAAACUGGACUUUCCACUGGCGGACAAUGACUCUGGGAUGGAUGAAAGUUUAAUGAGCGCUAGAGAAUUUUCAAUGAAGAAGUCUGGUGGAUGUGAUAGAGAUGAUGGUGUUGAAGAGUUGAAGGUGGAAGACAGUGACUCAAAGCCUCCAGCUCUAUCAUCUUUACCUGUGGAAGAAUCAGAUAAUAAAAAAGAACAAUCUGCAUGUAUAAAUCUUAUUCCUCCUCCACCUCCACCGCCACCACCGUUACCAGAUGUCUUUGUUCCUGCUCCACCACCUCCGCCUCCAAUGCCUGCUUUUGAUGGACCUCCGCCACCUCCAAUGCCAAAUUUAAGUGGUCCACCACCUCCACCACCGAUGCCAGGAUUAACUGGCCCACCACCACCGCCUCCGCCUCCGCCUCCAAUGCCAGGAUUAAGUGGACCACCACCUCCACCACCAAUGUCAGGAUUAGGAGGACCACCACCUCCGCCUCCAAUGCCAGGAUUAGGAGGACCACCACCUCCACCACCAAUGCCAGGUUUAGGUGGUCCACCUCCGCCACCACCAAUACCAGGAUCUAGUUCAGCGGGACCUCCACCGCCACCGCCACCUCCAUCUGCAGGCUUAAGAAAAGAAGCUUUGGCACCAGAAAUACCGAUGAAGCCUCUCUACUGGACCAGAAUAAUAAUCCCAGCCGACCAGCAACCAAUAAUUCCUGCAACGACUCCGGAUGCUCCUCCUCAGCGCUCCAAGACCGUGGGUAUCCUGGAGAAGAGUCUGCGAGUGGACUUCAGCGAGGUGGAAAACGCUGUUUACAACCUGGACACCAGCAUUGUCAGCCUCGAAGCCCUCAGACAGAUUUACGAGAUAAUGCCGACGGCAAAAGAAAUGGAAGACAUAACUCUUCACGAAAAAGAGAAUCCUGGAAUUCCUCUGGAUCGUCCGGAGAUGUUUUUGAAGCAAUUGUCGACGAUAAAGAACUUCAAUGAGCGCAUCGCUUGUCUGAUGUUCCAAUCCGAGUUUCACGAUGCUAUUUCUUCAGUUUCAACCAAGUUGACGAAUCUGAGGUCGACAUGCGACUAUCUCCGGAAUUCCCAGUCUUUAAAGAGAGUUAUGGCGUUAAUUCUGACUCUAGGUAAUUAUAUGAACGGCGGGAACCGAAUGCGAGGGCAAGCCGACGGGUUUGGUCUUGAAAUUCUCAGUAAAUUGAAAGAUGUAAAGUCAAAAGUACCUGGAGUUACUCUUCUGCACUAUCUUGUUCGCGUGAGAUUAGAACAAGAGGGCAAUUACAAUUUUGACCAGAUGUUAGCGCUGCCCGUACCCGAACCGGCUGAUAUUGAAGCUGCUUCGACGAUAAAUUUUGAAGACAUCAUCAAGGAACUGGACAGGCUGGAAAAGGAACUCCAGAAGUGUGAAAAAAAUUGUAAAACAGUCGCGGAAUUAUCACCGGAGGACUCAACGACUGCUUUCAAGGAAAAAAUGGAAACAUUUUUGGCCCGAGCUAGAAAUGAACUGGCUAAUGAAAAGGAAAACCUCCAGGAAGCAAGGGCUAGGUUCAAGGCUGUUAUGCUUUUUUACCAAUAUGUUCCUAAAGGCACUAGUAUAGACACUGCUGACCCGAAAGAUUUCUUCGGGCUGUGGAUCAGCUUCUGCAAGGAUUUUAAGGACAUCUGGAAGAAGGAACAGCAGCGACUGAAGAAAGAACGGAUGAAGACCAUCAGAAAGAAGUUGGAGGAAAAGCGCAAGGUUGAGACUGAGAAAGUUGUUCCUGGAGGCCUAAAAGAUCGACUGCUGAAAUUUAUGGACAAGAAUAAGAGAUAG